AUGGCUAUAGACAGAAUAAACGAAAUGGAUAACGUGAACAAUAAAUUACAAUUUAUACAGAAUAAAUUCAUAGAGUCAAGUGAAAAGAAUGGUGGAAAUGAAAUAGUGAGUAAUCCAGUCCCAGAGAAGAGAGAUUCAGAGACAGCAGAGCUUAACGCAGAGAUCACAAAUAACCAGACAUUACCUAUUAUUAACUAUGAUUUAUUGCAAAACGAAAUAACUACUUCCGAGCUUGCUCCAUCCACGUCACCCACCGAUUCCUCAUCCUCCACGACGUCGUCCGUCUUUAAUAUCCCUUCCAAAAGACAUUACAAACGUACAGGCUCAAUGCCCAACAUGACAGCACCUGACCUAAACUCGAUAAUUCCUGACAUGCCAGUACCAAACAGGCCCGAACGACGGCAUACCAUUGGCAACCAAGCAGAGACUCCUCAACAGUAUUUAGAAAGAAUGCAGGAUACUCUGAGUAAAUCCGAGUUGGCAACCUUAUUGGCAAAGAAUAAAGAUGUCUUCCACGAGACUGUUCUCUUGACGUACAUGGAAUCAUUUGACUUUACCGAAGAUCCAAUCGAUAUCGCAUUGAGGAAAUUUCUCAUGGAUUGCUAUUUACCCAAAGAGACGCAACAAAUCGAUCGUAUCAUGGAAGCAUUUGCUCGUCGAUAUCAUGAAUGCAACCCCGAUCUAUUCCCAUCGCAAGAUACUUCAUAUAUCCUGGCAUUUUCGUUACUCAUGCUUCACACCGAUGCUUUCAACAAGAGUGUAAAAAAGAAAAUGACAAAAGAAGAGUUUGUUCGCAAUGCUAGAAUAGAUGGCGUUCCAUCAGAGAUACUCGAAGUGCUAUACGAUAACAUAACGUUUACACAGUUUAUUUAUGCAGAGGAUGAUACAGAUGUAAACGGCAUGACUUUGAUGCCAUCACCGCAGCAUUCUAAAUUUUUUGGCGGAAUCGGGGAUGGUCAUAGGAAAAUUAUCAACCGUCCUCGGAACGACCCAUAUUUUGUUAUUCAGCAUAAAAUUCCGACAGAUUUUACGCCAAACCUCAGAUCAAUUGUUCCAACAGAAAACCCCUUUUCCUACAAAGGCACCUUACCCGUAUUCGACACGGCUUCCGUCCACCGUGCCUUCACUACGGCUUCUACGGUCCGCGUUACCGGCAUUCGAUCACGCCGUCAAUACGGAGACACAUCCAAUUCCGUUUCCGCUAUACAUCCAGUCAGUAACCAACCUGGGGCGUUUCAGCUAAAAAUAACGAAAGCAGGUAAACUUGGUAGAAAAAUCGACCUACUCGAAGGAGGGAAAAAAGCCACCGGUUUCGGAAGGACCUGGAAGCAAUUUGGCGUUGUAUUAUCGGGAAGCCAACUGAUGUUUUUCAAAGAUUUGAGUUGGUUUGAAGAGCAAUCGAACGCGGUUAGGGAUGUGAAUCACAAUAAGAAAAAUACAACUCUUAGGCCUGAUAUAAUUCUAAUGACUGCAGACUCCAUAGCCGUAUACGAAACUGCCUAUACGAAGCAUCCACAUGUCUUUCGACUCGCUUGCGUUAAAGGGUAUCAAUACCUGUUUCAAGCUGAAAGUGAGAGUGAGAUGAAUGAUUGGAUCACAAAGAUCAAUUAUGCGGCAGCAUUCAAAACAAAUGGGAUUAAAAUGCGAGGAGUAAGGCAUACCAGUUCAAGUAAAAGGAGCGAAAAAGUAUUCCGGAAUGAGGGGUACGCCGAUGGUGCCGUUGCGAGAGUAGAAGUUUUAAAGUCCAAAAUCGCUUCCCUACAAGCAAAAAUUACGACGCACACAUCACAACUGACUCGAGACGUUCGACUCGUUAAAAAUCUCACAAUUAUGGUUCCCUACAAAGGAUCCACACGCGAUCGGAUUCUCAGCAUCGCCAAUGUUAUAUCCAAACGUCUGAUAUCGACGUUUCUUGAAUUGUCGAAAUUAUUAUGUUAUCACGAGGUACUGGAGAAAGAUUUAUGUGCCACGGUUAUGGAGGACAACGAGUAUUGGAUGAGGAGAAGUAGUGUGAGGAAAAUGGAUGGAAUAUUAUCAGAGAAGCAAGAUUCGAAAAGAGGGUUGAGCGAGGAAGCGAGAAACCAUUGUGUAAGGAUUAAGACUAAUAAAGAGGGAAGGCAUGGGACUCAAAGUUUGUAUGUGAGGCGAAAGGAAGCUAAUGAGCCCGAGGUGUCUAUCAACAUUGUUAAUGUUGAUUCUGGAACAGAAUACGCUGAUAAUUCUGUCCAAACUCCUCAAACUCUUUCUCGUGACCCUUCACCCAAUUCCUCCCCUCAUUUUCAUCCCAAUCAAUUUUUAUCGCCUAAUUUAUACUUGACACUAUCGACACCAUCAGACUCGGACCUUUCUAAUUUUAGCGAUGUAUUUAUUGAGGAAAACAUUGGUUACGAGAAGAACGGUUUGGGAUUGGUGGGGAGUGAAAAUGAUGAUGGAAGUCUAGACGAGUUUGUUGAUGCCGAGGAAGGGACAUUUAGCGAAUAA